CUCAACUUCUGUCCCUGUCUCUUACCCUCUCGUCCACUGGCCGGAGCAGAGUUGACUGCGUUAAAGGAUAUAUGUUGGGCAAAGGAGCGAAGCGAAAGUUUAGCGAGCAUGAAGAUGGGCUGGAAGGCAAAGUGUCGACCUCGGGGUUCGCUCCCUCAAAGGUGUCUUACACCUUACAGCGACAGACUAUCUUCAACAUCUCCCUCAUGAAACUUUACAGCCAAGGACAGCAGCCAUUAACGGAGCCCAGCUUGCAAAAGACGGUGUUGAUCAACAACAUGCUGAGGCGCAUUCAGGAGGAGUUGAAGCAAGAAGGCAGUUUGAGGCCCGGGUUCCUGACUGCUUCCCAGCCCAGCGAUUCUCUCCUGAACGACAACCACCGCGGGGAGGCCCAGCCCGCAUUUAGCCAGUUUUCCUCUCCUCCCAUCCAGCCCGCUGGCUUGACAAGCUCUGUCCUUGACUCCUGCCUGACGCCAGCCUCCGUGCUGGAGGAAGACUCCUUUAGCAUCUCCCAGACUGUUGAACUGGGGUCAGGUUCAGGCAAGCCUCCCACCCAUCUUGCCAAAGACAGCUUCUCCUCCGCCCUGGACGAAAUCGAGGAGCUGUGCCCAUCUCCCAGCCCUACGGACAUCAAGGAGAGCAAAGCGGCCCCAAGCAGCGAGGUGUUGGACAGUGCAAAGCCUGAAGAGGUGCAGGAGAACAAGCCAUCGGACAGCAGGCUGACGGACUCGUUGCCGGGCAACUUUGAGGUCACCACUUCCACUGGCUUUUUGACGGAUUUGACGCUGGACGACAUCCUGUUUGCGGACAUUGACACCUCCAUGUACGAUUUUGAUCCCUGCACCUCCACGACGGGACCCAGUUCCAAAAUGGCCGCUGUGACGGCAGAUGACAUCCUGAAGACUUUAUCUCCCUACAGCAACCCAUCAUCAGUUAGCCCCAGUCAGCCUUUCAAAAUGGACCUUGCCGAACUGGAUCACAUAAUGGAGGUGCUCGUUGGGUCUUGAUCUGACGAGAGAUUUAGAUUUUUUUUAUAUAUAUAUAUAUAUUACAGUUUAUUUACCGGUAACAUUCAUACAUCAAUUUUUUUAAAACUGAAAAGAACGUGAAUUGAGUCACUGCAAAUGUUACUACAGUACUACACUGUGCAUGUAUCUUUGCUCGUCUAUGUAGAACUGUAAUAAUACCAGUCGUUGCUUCAGCAGAGUUGGAGUGCCUUCAUCUGUGCAUACGAUCACCUGGAGGGUUUCGGAAUGUGAUUUUCUUAGAAAACGUGGCUUUGUUAUGUUUGUUUAUGUGGAGUCCUGU